UGUGCUAUUUGUCUAGAGGGCUACAACCCCGUCACUAGGGAGUUCCCUCGAAGUUGGGCCGCUCGGCUAAGGUGUGGCCAUACGUACCAUCAUGACUGCAUCGCGGCGUGGUUGAAAAAAGACGGCUCUUGUCCAUUGUGUCGACACAAUGUCAGUGGUCGCUCCACUGUCCGAAC